CCCGUUGUCGCUCAACCCCCACUUCCAUAGACCAGAGAAACACAAUGUCUGCGAAUACAAUUCCAGCCAACCGGAAGACUGGAUUUAUUGAUACAGUAGACGAGAAAGAGGCGAAGAGCUUUUCUUCUACCGCCAGCCCGAUUGGCAAAGGACAGCUCGUCAAGGCUGCCUCUGCUGUUGCUCAGAUCGCUUCUGCGCAGUGGAUUCUCAUUCUGGGCCUCAUUUUCGGGGGUUGCUGCUCAAAUGUCUUUACAUUGGAGGCUAUAGUACAAGAAAACACAAAUGCUGGAAACCUGAUAACGUUUAUUCAAUUCCUAUUUGUUGCUACAGAAGGCUACAUUCACUUCUUCGCACCUACCCAACCACCUCUCUUCAUCGCCAAGCCCCACGUGCCAUUCCAGCGCUAUGCCGUGGGGGUUACGCUGUUCUUCCUAGUCUCAGUGCUCAACAACUUUGUAUGGAAAUACCACAUCUCUAUUCCGGUUCAUAUCAUCUUCAGAUCGGGCGGUCCUCUGUUUUCGUUGGUCGUCGGGUUCAUCUACGGCAAAAAGUUUAGCAGGGCGCAGAUUGCUAGCGUGGUCAUUUUGACUGCCGGCGUUAUCUGCGCUACAUUAUUCGACGCGAAGAAUGUCAAAGAUAAGAAGGAGGGAACAACGGAAACAUCAAACACCAGAGAGUUUGCGAUCGGAAUACUCAUCCUCUUCCUAGCUCAAGUGCUAUCUGCUGUAAUGAGCCAGAUCAACGAGAACACCUACAAGAAAUACGGAAGUUUCUGGCGUGAAAACCUUUUUUAUAUGCAUUUUCUUACGUUGCCGCUAUUCUAUCCCGUGCGGAACUCAAUCAUCGAUGAAUUCCACAAUCUCGCAAAAUCGACACCCGUUUCUGUUACUCCUCCAAUAUUGUCAGCCUUGGUUCCUCAAGUGUGUAUCCCAAAGCAGAUUCUAUACUUGCUACUAAACGCAGCCACCCAGUAUAUCUGCGUGAGGGGCGUUAACAAUCUAGCCGGCAGUGCGACCGCAGUCACGGUGACGAUCGUACUUAAUGUAAGAAAAUGCGUGAGUUUGUUGUUGUCGAUCUAUCUGUUUGGAAACAAACUGUCGCUGGGAACCACUGCUGGUGCCAUACUCGUGUUUGGAGGAGCUGCUUGGUAUAGCAUUGAGAUUUCGCGCUUGCGACAAGCUGCAAAGUCGUUAAAGAGUGCAUAGAGACUCGCAUAUUUCGUAGAUUUUCCUUUUCCGGUGUUCAUUAUCUGGAGUUUUCUUGUUGUUUGCUUAUAUCUAAACUCUAAUCUAAUGAGCAUAAAAUGCAUUAUAUAUAU